CGUUGGCCUCGUUCUCCUCCCAGCCUUGAAGUCGAUCUCCAAAGCCAGGAGAACAGACAACGAAGGUUCUUAGACUCGCCCCUCCGACCGCAGCCAUGAAGUUCGCACAGCAACUGAACACCGCGGUUCAUCAACCCUGGGCAAAUUAUUACGUGGACUACAAACUCCUGAAGAAACGGCUCAAGGACCUUCAGAGAGAGCACGAGUCGCAUGAGGUGCCGCCUCUUUCUGUUCGGACCCCGCAGCCGUCCCAUCCUGCUCCGUCGGACCGCUUCACUCACAAGGAACUUCAGAGGGCUUUCUUCCAAGCGGUCGAAAACGAGGUUGACAAAGUCGAAUGGUUUUAUAUGCAUAGAGUGCACCACGCGCGGCGCGAGAUGCAGGAACUGAUGGAGCGCUGGUUUCGUCUAAGCCGCUAUGCCGAGUUCGACGAGUAUCCACUCUCCGCGACGGAUAUUACGCACCAUGUGGACCAAGAGAAAGAGAUUUUCUCACACUUCAACGCCGAUCUCUCUGCUUUACUGCACCAUCUCCAACUUCUGUCUGGGAACUACCUUGCGAUGUGCAGAAUGGCCAUUGUGAAGAUUCUGAAGAAACAUGACAAGUUAGAAGCUCGACACGCCGGACUGGCGUGCAAGGAGGCGGUCGUGAGGACAAUACGAGCGGAUCGACGAUUUUGGCAGGCGGACGAUCUGAUUCGCUUGUUGGAUGAGGUGAAGCGAUUCAAGUGGGAUGUCAUCAAGGCUCACAUUCGCACUGGCGCCGAACGAUGAGAGACUUGGUCGGCGUGAUUCUUAAAUCAGUGUAUUACGAUCCAUGUGUAGAUACCCAGGUAGCAGUUAGGUUAUUUCGAAACGUUUUUGGGGCAUUGUCUAUUGUAAAUAGGAUAGUAAAUAUGAUACAAU